GCUGACCUUCUCUUACUGUCCAGUAGUGAACCUCAUAGCCUCUGUUACAUCGAAACCGCAGAGCUAGACGGGGAGACCAAUAUGAAGGUGCGUCAGUCUCUGUCUGUGACUGCAGAGCUGGGAGACCCCAACAACCUGGCCCCUUUUGAUGGUGAGGUGGUCUGUGAGCCUCCCAACAACAAGCUGGACAGGUUCUGUGGUCUUCUGUGCUGGAGAGACUGUAAAUACCCCCUGAGCAACCACAACAUGUUACUACGAGGCUGUGUCCUCCGCAACACAGAGACCUGCUACGGACUGGUCAUCUUUGCAGGCCCAGACACCAAGCUGAUGCAGAAUAGUGGUCGCACCAAGUUCAAACGCACAAGCAUCGACCGCCUCAUGAACACACUGGUGCUCUGGAUCUUUGGCUUCAUGGUGUGUAUGGGUGUGAUCCUGGCUGUGGGGAACGCUGUGUGGGAGAGAGAGGUGGGUUCUCUGUUCCAGAGUUACCUGGCCUGGGACCUGCCUGUAGACAACUUCCUGUUCUCUGCUUUCCUCUCCUUCUGGUCCUACGUCAUCAUUCUCAACACCGUGGUGCCCAUCUCACUCUACGUCAGUGUGGAGGUGAUUAGGCUGGGUCAUAGUUACUUUAUAAACUGGGACAGGAAGAUGUUCUGUCCACAGUGUAACACAGCAGCUGAAGCCAGGACCACCACUCUCAACGAGGAACUGGGACAGGUGGAGUACAUCUUCAGUGACAAGACAGGAACUCUCACUCAGAACAUCAUGAGCUUUAGCAAGUGCUCUAUCAAUGGACAUGCCUAUGGUGAGGUGAUCGACCCGUUGGGAGCACAGCUAAAGAGGUUAGACUUCUCCUCCUUCAACCCCCUGGCGGACCCUGACUUCUGUUACUAUGACAACGGUCUGCUGAAGUCGGUGAAGCUGGGAGACCUUCACAGCCACGAGUUCUUCCGGCUGCUUUCCCUCUGUCACACCGUCAUGAGUGAGGAGAAGAAGGAGGGAGAGUUGAUGUAUAAGGCCCAGUCUCCAGAUGAGGGUGCGUUGGUGACAGCAGCCAGGAACUUUGGUUUUGUGUUCCGGUCUAGAACCCCUGGUACUGUCACUGUGACAGAGCUGGGCCGACCCGUCACCUACACACUGCUGGCCAUCCUCGACUUCAACAACAUCCGCAAGAGGAUGUCCGUUAUAGUGCGUAACCCC